CUCUCUCCGUCACACACGCACAUACGUGUGGCGAAGCGAGUGACCUUCCCUCCCUCCCUCUCCCUGCUCGCUCCUUGAGGAUCGCUCAGAUUGAAGAAAUGGACAAAGUGAAGGAGCUGCUGAGAGUGAGGAACGCUCUGGUGAGGGAAUGCUUCGCAGAAUUCCUGGGCAUUUACAUCCUGAUCAUUUUCGGGUGCGGCGGCGUGGCGCAGGUCACGACGAGCAGUCUCACCAGAGGAGAGUAUCUCUCCAUCAACCUGGCUUUUGCAUUCGGGGUGACGUUUGGCGUGCACGUCUCCCGCGGCGUUUCAGGAGCCCACCUCAACCCUGCGGUUUCCCUGGCCAUGUGCUUGCUGGGCCGCCUGCCCUGGAGGAAGCUGCCGGUCUACGCGCUCUUUCAGCUGCUCGGGGCGUUCGUUGCUGCCGCCACGGUGUACGCGCAGUACCGCGACGCCAUCAUGCAGUACAGCGGGGGCAACCUCACAGUCACGGGGCCCUUAGAGACGGCCUCUAUCUUCGCUACCUACCCUGCACCCCAUCUGUCCAUUUCCAAUGGAUUUGUGGAUCAGGUGAUUGGCACAGCCGCUCUGCUUGUGUGUGUUCUGGCGCUGGGUGACUCUCAGAACAGUCCCGCUCCGAAGGGGCUGGAGCCGGUUCUGGUGGGGAUGUCGGUGCUGGUGAUCGGACUGGCCAUGGGCUCCAACUGCGGGUACGCCAUUAACCCCGCCCGCGACCUGGGACCCCGACUCUUCACCUGCGUGGGGGGCUGGGGUGUGGAGGUGUUUAGUGCUGGGAGACACUGGUGGUGGGUUCCCUUGCUCGGUCCCAUGGUGGGCUCUUUGGUCGGGACCGCCGUGUAUUGGCUUCUUAUCGAACUGCACCACCCAGCCCAGGAGGGGGCGCUAGAGGACUGCCAGACCGUGAAAAACAAAUACGCCAUCGAACUGGAGGAGAGGGCUUCUAAACCCGGAGGGGGGGGACCAAGGACGGAGAGCACGAGGGAGGGGGAGGGGGAGGGGGAGGAGUGCACCGUCAAGCGGCUGUAGAGCCCCAGAAACUCUCUUAAAGAGGGGCGGAUGCGAAAUCAUUUCAGAAACGGUUGCAGUGGGGCUUGCGUUAGCUGCGUCGAACGCGUUUGAAAAGACGUUCCAGCAAACGCAGCGUGUUUUCAUUUUCAGACACCCCGGCAGCUCCCUGGCGUUGCUGCUUUGUGUUUGAACCUUUAGCAGCAUUAUCAGCAUGAUCCGUGCAAUAAAACAGAAGCUUUUAAUAUCGUU